UUAUAUGACAGUACAACUAUAUAUUACUAUAAGUUAAUAUGUUAUCGUGAUUAGAAAAUGUUUAAAAAAGGUGUGCAGUGCUGGACUUGUCUGGGGCAUCUCUUUCACAAAUCUUAAACCACAUUGGCUAAGGGGACUGGAUUUGUUUGGCAUGCUUCCUCCGUAGUCUAGUUAUAUAUAUCUUUGGGGUCACUUUGGCAGUAUAUACUGCGGAAUGUGAAGGCAAAUUAAAGGCUAUCACAGAAAGAAAGCCUAAGUCUCAAGUUUGGGUUGCAAGCUCUCCUGGCCUCAAAGUUCUUCCUCCUCCUAUUCUCUUCUCUUCAUAGAAGUACUACGUACGUUACAGGUAAUACAUUCCCAAUUUGGAGAUAUUGAGUCUAAUUGAAGAAACGUCUCUUCUUCUUCAAUCUUCUUAUCAGAAUUUCUUCAUUUUUAAAAUGGAGAAGCUUCUCAAUCCAUACGAUAAGCAUUGCAUGAAGAUGGCCAUGUUAAAGCACGAAGAAAUCUUCAGAGAACAGUUGUACGAACUUCAUCGUCUAUAUCAAACUCAGAAAUCACUGAUGAAAAACAUGUCAAGUAGCCGGCCUCAACAAGUCAAAGAUCAUCAAGUGGUCAACCAUCAUCACAUUAAUCUUGACUCAAACAAGAAGGCCCCCCGUCAAUGUAUUGACUUGGAAAUAAGGCCAACUGAUCAAGAGCACAUUGCAGAAUCAGCUGGUCAAGAUAUUGAAGAUGAUAAUCAUGAACUGGAGUUAACUUUAGGCCUGUCAAGUUAUAACAACCGCAGGAGAAAAACAGCUAAUUUUGAUUCUUCACCAAGUUUUUCUUCUUCCAAUUCCACGGCAUCCGCUUCUAGCCAAAUAAAGCAUACUACAAAUUUAGCAAGAAAUCCGAGGAAUGACCUGAAUGGACAUAAAUGGGGAGUUGAGAAUUUACCCGUGUCGAGUCCGAGUUUCCAGCUUGGUGGAAGAACACAAAGUAAUCAAAAUGUUGAAGAGCAAUAUAGACAAGAUUCAUUGAAUAAUCCUCCUUGGCUUUUUCAAGUUUUGAGUUUGAAUAUGACUUGAAAGAGAAGAAGGGAAAAAGCAAAAAAAAACGUAACUAAGUACAUUUGAUCAAUGAGCUGAUGAUCAGUCGGGUGUGAUAAGAUUUUAGACUUCAUCCUACCGACUACUUCUGUGAUUUAAUUUGUGUGAAUUAAAUUUAGUAUCUUUUGUUUCUUCA